AUGGCCGCCCUCGACGACAAGCCCGCUGUCGAGCACCACGAGACCCUGAAAGAUGAGGGCUUCCCCGAAGCCGCCGAGCGCGGUCAUUUGGCCACCGACAGAUACGGCAACGCCAUCAUCACCUUCGAUCCCAAGGCCGAGUCCCGCUUGAGAUGGAAACUCGACCUCUACAUCAUUCCGACCGUCGCGUUCCUGUAUCUUUUCUGCUUCAUCGACCGCGCCAACAUAGGCAAUGCGCGCCUGGCCGGGCUUGAGAAGGACCUUGGCCUCGAGGGCUACGACUACAACCUCCUCUUGACCGUCUUCUACAUUUCCUACAUCGUCUUUGAGCUUCCCUCCAACGUGUGCUGCAAGUGGCUUGGCCCCGGUUGGUUCAUUCCUUCCAUCUCGCUCGGCUUUGGCAUUUGCUCCGUUUGCACUGCUUUUGUCCACGACAUCCACAGCGCCUCCGGCGUACGCUUCUUGUUGGGUGCUUUUGAAUCCGGAAUGCUGCCGGGCAUCGCCUACUAUCUGUCUCGAUGGUACCGUCGCAGCGAGUUGGCUUUUCGCUUGUCUCUGUACAUCGUCAUGGCUCCUCUGGCCGGUGCCUUCGGAGGCCUGUUGGCUUCCGCCAUCCUCAAGCUUGAUCACUUCGGCGGUCUCCACCAAUGGCGUAUGAUCUUUGCCAUCGAAGGAAUCAUCACCAUCGGCUUGGCUUUGAUCUCCUUCUUCACCCUCACCGAUCGCCCAGAAACUGCCAGGUGGCUCACUCAGGAGGAGAAAGACCUGGCCAUUGCACGCGUCAAGUCGGAGCGCGUGGGUGCUACCGAGGUGCUCGACAAGAUGGAUACUACAAAAAUCCUCCGUGGCAUCUUCAGUCCCGUUACCAUAUCGACCUCCUUCAUCUUCCUGCUCAACAACAUCACCGUCUCGGGAUUGGCCUUCUUCCUUCCCACCAUCGUCAAGACCAUCUAUCCCUCCGACACGGUUAUUUCCCAGCAGCUUCACACUGUCCCGCCCUACAUUGUCGGCGCCUUCUUCACCCUCCUUUUUCCUUAUCUGAGCUGGCGCUUCGACAAGCGCAAUGCCUUCUUCAUCGUCUCCGCCCCCUUCAUGAUGGUCGGUUAUAUGAUGUUCCUGGCCACUGAUACCGCAAAGGUUCGCUACGGUGCCACCUUCCUAAUCGCCAGCGGUGCCUUUGCUUUUGGCGCUCUCUGCAAUGCCCAGGUCUCGGCCAACGUCGUCUCUGAUUCCGCACGCUCUGCCGCAAUUGGAACCAAUGUUAUGAGCGGAAAUAUUGGCGGAUUGGUGGCAACUUGGAGCUUUCUGCCAUUCGACGGGCCCGAUUAUCAUAUUGGAAAUGGCCUCAACCUCGCAACUUCCAGCACCAUUUUCAUCCUCUCGAUUCUCUUGCUACUCUGGAUGGUUGCAGACAAUAAGAAGCGGGACAAACGUGAUGUUGAUGCUGAGCUGGCUGGUCUGGAUCAGAAGACUAUUCAGGACUUGGACUGGCGCCAUCCUGCGUUCAGGUGGAGGCUGUAG